UCGACUAAAAGACCAAGGGCUAAUUGGGAAUAUGAGAAAGUGUGAUCUAGCUGAACCCUAAUACCUCUCUCUCUUUAUAAAUACCCUCAAAAACCCUAGCAUCACUUUCAGUCGUCUCCAGCAGCAACCCACAAUGUCGAAGCGAGGGCGUGGAGGUUCCGCAGGGAACAAGUUCAGGAUGUCACUGGGUUUGCCAGUGGCAGCCACUGUGAAUUGUGCUGAUAACACUGGAGCUAAGAACCUUUACAUCAUUUCCGUAAAGGGAAUCAAGGGUCGUUUGAACAGGUUGCCAUCUGCUUGUGUUGGUGACAUGGUUAUGGCCACUGUUAAGAAAGGAAAGCCUGAUCUGAGGAAGAAGGUUUUGCCUGCUGUCAUAGUUAGGCAGCGCAAGCCAUGGCGCCGAAAGGAUGGUGUCUUUAUGUACUUUGAAGAUAAUGCUGGUGUUAUUGUCAACCCCAAGGGAGAAAUGAAAGGGUCUGCCAUUACCGGUCCUAUCGGAAAGGAGUGUGCUGAUCUAUGGCCAAGAAUCGCGAGCGCAGCCAAUGCUAUUGUUUAAGUGUCUUGACUCUAGCCUUUUUUCUUUAGGAUAGUUGCAGACAUUUGUGAAAUUCAAACUCGUUUUGCUUUUUUUUAGCAAGGUUUGGUAUACAUUUAAAGAAGUUUUGUUGAUCAAGAGUUAUCCUACUUGUUUUUGUCCUGCAUUUUAUAUGCACUCUCUUAUGAAGUUGAAAUUUACCUUAUUA